AUGUUACUGGACAGAAAAUUGCGCAGAGAAAGAAGAGAGUGGAUGGAUUCUGUGAGAGCAGAGGAAAGACGCCUUGAAUCAAAAAAGAGAAAGGAACUUCUGUAUAAAUCAUACGAAAGAGAUGUUGUUGUGCCAAAAGAAAUACGUAACGAGAUUGACGAGGAUAAGCUAACUGCCGAGGAGGCACUUCAAGAUGCAAUUUAUGCAUUUGAGAGCGGGGAAAAGGAGGAUGAGUUUUCAAAUACAGAGGCCCGGCCAAUUAUUACAACGUCAAGAUCGCCAUCUGAUCCGCUUGUUAGAUUUGCUAAAGCGCUAAAGAACAUUUUGCCAAAUGCAGAAAAGCUUAACAGAGGAAAACAUAUGAUACAGGAGUUAGUACAGGGCGCAAUAAAAAACAACCAUACUGAUCUUAUAAUGGUAAAUGAGCACAGUGGUGUUCCAUCAUCGCUGAUUAUAUCGCAUCUGCCGCAUGGGCCAACUACGUAUUUCAGCAUACACCACCCAAACAUUGACACAGAAGAGCCAAUGAGCACAGCUGCGCCUGCAGUUGUUUUUGACAACUUUACAACGCCACUUGGUCUGCGUGUGAAAAGAAUUCUGUCAUCUCUUUUCCCCCAGCUGCCGGGGAGAGAGAAGCCAAAGAGAAUGGUGAGCUUUAUUAAUAGGGAGGACAGCAUACUGUUUACACAGUUCAAGACCUCAUUCAAACAGGGCGAGGUUGAGUUGCAAAAAAUAUGCCCACAGUUCACGCUAAAGCUGUACGAGAUUCGGGCUGGUACUCUGGACAUGACAUAUGCAGAAAAAGAGUUUGUCUUCCGGCCAUAUCUUAAUACAGCAAGAAAAAAGUUCUAUUUGGGAGAGGAGACGGAUGAUGUUCCGCAGGAGCAGCCAGAAGAGAAAAAAGAGAAACCUGCUAAAGACGGAGAAGAGAAGAAAAAGACAGGCAGCAAAGACAGAAAAAAGGUUGAUGAUAGAAGCAUGUGGCAGAGAAGACUUAGCAGAGAAAGCCAAAGAACGCGAUAA